CGAACUCCUCUCAAUUUAAGCAGCCGGAAGCGUUAGAAAAAACUAUUCACAGCAUCUUAUCGCGCCAUAAAUAUCUUGAAAUGAAAAUUGCUGACGAAUCACAAAACACCUCUUCUCAUGUCUCUUCUGUUGACUCCUUUGAAGCAAACUCUUCUGCUUUUGUCCAAAGUUUCCAAGAAAUGACUGAAUGCACGAAAGCGCUACUCAAAAAUAUUUAUAAAAGCAAAUUUGAGAAUCUCCAAGAAGACCUGAACUGUUUGGCAGCAGCCACUCAGGGUUGUGUGUUGGAUGGGAUUCACUUUUCCUCAGCUUUAACGUUUUCUGAUGAUAAAAAGUCCAUAUACACAUCGAUGUUAUCUCUUCUAUCGGCUAGCCAAGAACUGCUCGGAUGCCUGCAGAAUUGUAAGGACGUCGAUAAGAAAGACUUAAAAAAAGUUUUCUCUCCGCACUCAAAAAAAGUUAUUGGGAACGUCGAGUCUCUUCUUAACAAAAUAGACUCCGCCAAAAAUUCACAACUGAGCUACUUAAAAGAACAACAAAUAAAAGAAGAAGAAAAGGAGCAAAAGCAACUCGCCGCCUUACAAGAAAGAGAACAACGGUUACGUGAAGGCAAUGAUAAGAUAACGCGUGUUUUCCAGGAAUUUCAAGAAUUUAAAAGCGUCAAUCCCGGAGUGUCUGAAGAUCAUAAAAUUUUGUUAUCCAAUGUGGAAGGAAUAAUAGAAACUGCUCAAGAGUUCGUUGACGCUGCCAGCGUGUGCCAGGAAAAAAUUGAUUCGCAGUCCGAAGACAACGCAAAACAAAGAAAAAAAUACUUUGACAAUGGUACGUGGUCUGACGGACUUGUUUCUGCCGCUACCCACGUGGCAAACAACGCUCAGGAAAUACUACUUUUGGCUAAGGAUAUUAUUCUGGAUGAUAGCAAAGACAACAGUAAAAUCGAUCUUUUUCGAGUUCUUGCAAGCGAUAUUAAUAGUUCGGCCAUACACGUAAUAACAGCGUCAGGUGUGAAAAAUCUGGAUAAAAGCUCUCAAAAAAUGCUACAAAUUACGGGAAAGGCCUUACAAAAUGCUACAGAAGAGCUAACGAACACAAUUAAAAGUUCAUACAAUAGUAUGGGCCAAAAUAACUUAGAUUUUGCGUCCAUGACGGAGACGCAGAAAAACGCUCUUGAAGUGGAGGCGCAUGCUAAAAUUUUAAAACUCGAACGAGAACUUGAAAUCGCCCAGCAGAUGCAUAGAAUUAUUCGCGAACAAAAAUAUAGGAAUUCUCACGACUCUUCCCUUCCCAGCCCGUAACAAGCCUUCAUUGGUAAUUUUCUCAGUAUAUUGAAAGUUAAAUUUUAUUAU